CGCCGCAACCGCAUCCGCUGCCUCAACCCCGGCGACCUGGCCGCGCUGCCCGCGCUGGAGGAGCUGGACCUGAGCGAGAACGUGAUCGCGCACGUGGAGCCCGGCGCCUUCGCCGACCUGCCGCGCCUGCGCGUGCUGCGCCUGCGCGGCAACCAGCUGAAGCUCAUCCCGCCCGGCGCGUUCGCGCGCCUGGACAACCUGACGCUGCUGGACCUGAGCGAGAACAGGCUGGUGAUCCUGCUGGACUACACCUUCCAGGACCUGCGCAGCCUGCGCCAGCUCGAGGUGGGCGACAACGACCUGGUGUUCAUCUCCCGCCGCGCCUUCGCCGGGCUGCUGGCCCUGGAGGAGCUGACCCUGGAGCGCUGCAACCUCACGGCGCUGUCCGGAGAGUCGCUGGGCCACCUGCGCGGCCUGGCCACGCUGCGGCUGCGGCACCUGCCCAUCGCCUCCCUGGAGGACCAGAACUUCCAGAAGCUUCCGGGGCUGCAGCACCUGGAGAUCGACAACUGGCCACUCCUGGAGGAGGUGGCGGGGGGCAGCCUGCAGGGCCUGAACCUGUCGUCACUGUCGGUCACCCACACCAACAUCACCGCCGUGCCGGCCGCUGCGCUGCGCCACCAGGCCCACCUGACCUGCCUCGACCUGUCGCACAACCCCAUCAGCACCGUGCCGCGCGGGUCCUUCCAGGACCUGGUGCGCCUGCGCGAGCUGCACCUGGCCGGGGCCCUGCUGGCGCGCAACGAGACGCAGGCGGCCGCGCGCUUCCCGCUGGACCUGACCACCAUCCUGGUGUCCACCGCCAUGGGCUGCAUCACCUUCCUGGGCGUCGUCCUCUUCUGCUUCCUGCUGCUGUUCGUGUGGAGCCGCGGGCGCGGGCAGCACAAGAACAACUUCUCGGUGGAGUACUCCUUCCGCAAGGUGGACGGCUCUGCGGCCGCGGCCGGCCAGGGCGGCGCGCGCAAGUUCAACAUGAAGAUGAUCUGAGGCUGGCCACGCCCCUGCCACGCCCCCGGCCACGCCCCGAGGGCCGGCCACGCCCCGAGGGCCGGCCACGCGCGCUGCCAGGACUUCCCGUCUCUGUAGACGCCCGGCUGGUUCCACCACGAAGCAUCUUCUGCAGUUUCUCGAGUUUUCUAAAGGUCUCAACCCGCCUUCCCGCCCUGCCAGGGCCGCCCGCUGGGGGUGGGCUCCCUUCCACCCACCCCGUGUCCUCGGCCCCGGGAGGCACACCACUGUCCCUCCAGCUCACACGGGAGGGGUGUGGUCUACACUGGGUCCCCCGACGGGCACCCAAGCCCUGAGGGCGGCCCACCUGCUCACCCGGAGAACACCUGAUGCACACAGGCAUGCAGACAGCCCCGAGCUGGCACCCUGGCACCCAGGUGACACCAGAACACAGUCUGGGCGCCGGAGCUCGGCGCAGGCCCCUGGGGCUCUCGGCACCCCCGGCACCCGGCAGCCCCGGCUCGGGCUGAGGUUCUCCACCGCAGGUCAGGCCAUCCCGAGGGCCCAGCAAGCCCGGGGCCUGGUCACGGUCCCCUGCUCUGCCCCUGUCUGCCACUCCAGGACCCACGCCCAGCGGGGCCGCCCACCAGGAGAAGCCAUGUCCAGGGCCUGCUACCCCUCGCCGCAGUGCCCAGGGUGCGGGAGGCAGCGGCCUCUGGGGAGUCCCUCGAAACAGCCGGCAGGAGGGGUCUCCGGCCCGAGCACAGGGGCCCCUGUGCCGGCCUCAGCGAGGGCAGGGCUUGCCCUGGGAUCCAGCAGCCCAGGUGUGUGGGGCCGCACCCCACACCUGCCAGGCGGGUCAGGAACGCGGGGAGCCAGGCGGCCGCCAGCGUAGGGCAGGGGCCUUGAGGACUUCGUAGGGCUCCCAGCCAGCUCGCU